AGAAAUUACAGCUGAGAAAGUCUUAUCACAUUGGCCGAGGUAAAUCUUUUGUUGCCGCCCACUUCAAGGGUCUGAAAAAUAAGACACCGAGGCGAUAAACUUUCACUGUUACAAGCACCGACGAAUGGUCGUUAUCCUGUUGUUUCAUGAAACCUGAACACGAGAUAUAUAUUGUCAUUGUAGAAGCAUCAAUGAUAAAGGCGGCCGCAAAAUGAGCAAGUUGUCAUUGCAACCGUCUAAUUUUGAGGAGUGUCUCAUCAGUCAGGGAGAUGCCCCCUACACAGUCCCCGCAGAGCUUUUCUGCAAUGCCACCUGGGAUUCCAUUCUGUGUUGGCCACCGACUUUGAUCGGGUCGGAGACAAAAUUGCCAUGCCCGAAAUUUCUCGGACUUUCGCCCGAUAGAUAUGCAACCAAAUCGUGCGGAAGGGACGGAAACUGGAUUGGAAAACAUCCUGGAAAUGAAAAAUUCCCAAAGAGUUUUUAUCCAGGUUGGACAAAUUAUUCCGAGUGCAAGGGACUUAAAUACGAUAUUCCAGCACCCACUCCAACUAACAGUACUCUGGACAGACAUUUCAAUGCCUCGGAGCCGUCGUCAGUUAGUGUCGGAAUUCUCCCCUUCCACAGUGAAGGCGUGGACAUCCUUUCUACCCUGCUACUAAUCACGUCCCUCACCAUGGUUUUGGCCUCCAUUGUCAUUACUUUUUGUAACAAAGGCCCGUUGACCACUCGAAAGAAACUUUACAGGAACUGUUUUGCCGCGUUCUUGGUACAUGACACUUUGGAACUCGUGAUUAGAAUGGGUCGCAUCAUCCAAUCGGAUGACAUUGUAAAUGAUGUUGAAACAUGUGUUUCCAUAGGUGUAAUGGUAACGCUGUCGUCCUCUGCUAUCUACACCUGGUUGACCAUAAUUUCGGUGUAUUUUUCGUUGACAAAAAGUGGCAUUGUAAUUGAGAACAAAAUGUAUUACGUGUUGUGCCUUUUGGGUUGGUUUAUACCCACCGUCAUCACCAUUAUCUGGUUAAGUGUCACGGUAUUGUCCGGAAACCUCAAAUGUAUCAACGGCGAAUUGGAAUUUACUAAACCAGAAUCUGGAUUUUGGAUUAUCGAAGGAAUAAACGUGUUCUUGAUUUCUCUGUCAUGGCUUCUGCUAAUACUAUUCUUGUGGAAAUACAAGCAUCACGAAAGCCAUCGAAGAUUCGCCGAGAACAAAAGUUUGAUUAUGGAAAUCGUGAGCAUCAGGCAAAGCGCUUACAAACUGUUGAUUGUUCUUUGCUACGUCACAUCCGGAUACAUAAUCUACGCCAUCACGGCACAGGACCCUUUGACAGAGACGACGUCGUAUAUUUUGGUUGUCAUUUUAUUUUCACGCGGGAUUCUGUUGUCCGUGUUUAUGUGUUUAACGGAGGGUAGUUCUAAAUGUUGGGACGGUGUGUAUUCGGUGGAAAGCAUCACAGAAAGCGAGGCCAGUCUUACUAAUAGUAACACUAGCACCUUGACGACGCCAAGCUCUGUCAACAUCCACCGAAUCUCUAGAUAAACGAGCACAUGCAAAAGACUCCAGUGCUAUUUUUUUGGAGUUGUUCUGGCUUAAGAAUAUUGGUGCUUUUAUUUCAAUGAAACAUUGACACUUUUAAGAACUGUUGACAAUAUAAUUUUAUGUGAAACUGGCUUUGUAAGAUUGAAUCGUGCAUAAAUAAUGUUUGAGUUCACAUUCUGAGAUUGAGAAGGACAUUGUCCCGAUCUUCGUGCCUAUGACUGUAAAUACCUGUAAAAUAUUUUAUGUACUUCUAAAGUGCUUCGUUAUUAAAUGGUUUUGACACUA